AUGCAAACCUCCCAGAUGGCCAAGGGGGGGGAACAAGACGAGAUCCAACAAUCAACAACGACAAUCGGCAAGCACUUCGCACUCAACUUCGACGUCCCACUCGACGACACGCUCAACUCCUCCGCCUCAAACAAGCUCGCCGCCUCUGCCGGUUGCUACUCCAUCUCCUCCUCCUCCGCCGCCGCCGCCUCCACCACCAACAACAACACAACCACCACUGCCACCGGCCGUAUUGACUACCAGUACGACGAUCUCCUCAUUACUUCCCCCUCCUCCCCCUCCACCUCCAGUCAUAGCUCCCUCGUCAAUAGCACCGCCUCUGCAGCAGACACAAGCGCCGCCUGCUCCGGUGGUGUCAAGUCCCCCUCCCCCUCCUCCACCUCCGCCAGUACCGACGUCUUCUACGCCGCCAAUCGAACCAGCCAGACUGAUGCCAGGACAGCCCCAACACCGCCGGUGUUUCUGAGCAACGUUGGCCCGUCCCCCUCGCCUACGAGCAACGCGGGAGCAGGAGCAGGAGGAGGUGCAGGAGUGGGUGCAAUUGUGCCUUCGCCUCCCCUGAAUCCUGGCACAGCUGCUGGCGAGGCUGGGAAUGAUUCACCUGCAUCCAACGGGACUCCUUCUGGGAACAGCAGAUCCGGUGGAGUUGCCAAACCGGUUGUUAUCGCGUCGAGUGUAGUUGGUGCCGUGGCUGUACUGGGCCUGUUUGGCUUCCUUCUCUGGCUCUGGCGUAAGCGACUGCUCAAGAAACGCCGGAGCACCCUUCUCACGCCUCUGUCGACGGACCCUAGAUUCAGGCAUACAGAGAAUACACCAUAUGUCAUUGACAGGGGAUCUCUGGGCCCGACGCCACGGUCCGCCAAGCUCAAGGCGGCGCUCGGAUACAACUUCCAGCGAUUCAGGGUCCAACUUGGAGGGUUGGUUUCGCGCAACCGGGAUAGCAGCUCGGCCAGGGACCGUUCUCAGUUCAUGAACGUUUCUCAGCAUAGCCGUAACAGCUCGUCCUGGUCGAACCACACGGGCCCUCGAGAUGUGGUCACAACGAAAGAUCGAAUCAAGGAUUGGUGGGAACGGCUGACGGCGGACAUGAAAUUCAACUGGCGGUUGCGUGGUGACAGGAUCGUGGAAAAGGACCCAUUCGCCCCGACACGCGACAUGCAAGACCGGAAUGCAGCCAUGGGCGGACAGCCCGACUUCUUGACGCUUCUGGGUAUGGACGACACAGAAGUCCAAAGGGAGGCCCAGCGGAGGCGGCUCAGUCGCGGCCAGGGCAGCGCCGGCUCAGCAGAUCAUUUUCUUGGAGGCCUUGGACUCAACUUUGAGAAUGCUGCGGCAAACCCUUUCUCGGAUGUCAACGCCUUGCCUCAUGAUUCAGCAAAGCCAGCGCCGCUCGCCGUGGCCAACAUAGGCAACGACCCCUUCUCUGACGCGAACGCCAUUUCAGCACCUGCCGCAGCAGUCAAGCCGCCGUCAACGUACGUCGUAGACGUGCGCCGGUCUCGAGGAACAUCCUUUGGUGGCGGCACGACAAGGCCGCCCAGUGGCUCGACGUACUCACCUCGACUGGAAUCCAUGUAUCGGGACUCAAUGCAAAGUGUGGAGAGCUUCGCCACAAGGCGGAACAAGUUCCGGUCUGACCCGUUCGAUCUGGAGCGGCCCGAACUACUCGGGAGCCGCACGACGCAGGCAAGCAGCAACUACAACCAGGGCGGUGGUGGUGGUGGUGGUGCGCCUCGCGUGCCGGGCUCUGCCCAUACACGAGCCGACAGCUUCAGUUCGAAGUACAGCAGUGGAGUGAGCAUGGAUGGAUGGAGUGACCCGGGUCCAGACGUUGGGCCCUCAUCAAGCGGUCCGAGUUAUCGUCACGAGGCCGAGAGUCCCGUCGCGGGAUACCGCCCUGGAGAGCAGAAGGCUGGGUGGAGACCCAGUGGAGGAAGCCAGAACAGCGUCGGCAAGGCGCUGUAA